AUGAUUCGUUUGUGUACAACACCGUUAUGGGAUGAGAAUAUCACGAAUUUAUCGUAUCCUUAUUUAACGGAAUGUUUUCGAAAUACGAUUCUACAAUGGAUACCUUUGAGUAUCUUUUGGUUUGUUUUACCCUUAUGGAUUUAUGUGCUAAAUAGACGAGGAAGAAAACUACAGGCUAUCCGGAUAUCUUCAUUAUUUAUAAGUAAAAUGAUUUUUACCGCUUUCUUUAUUCUCACGCAAAUAAUAAAUGCAAUAACAGAAGUUAAUAAUCAAGCGGUUUUCCUUACCUCCAUUAUUUACAUAAUAACAUCAAUAACUAUUCUUUGGCUGAUAAAUUACGAUCGCUUGAAAAAUGUUCAUUCUUCGGAAUUACUCUUUAUAUUUUGGUUACUUGUAUCUCUCGCUGUUACACCAGAUGUCAUCGCCAAUUCAGUAGAUGUUGACAAAUCCAUAAAAUCAUGGAUACGAUUGACUCGUUUGUACUUUCAAUUAUUUAUCACUCUAGUAUCGUUCAUUUUGAAUUGUUUUGCUGAAAAAUCCAUCGAUAUAGAAAAAUUGAUUGUACCUGAAUCUUAUGUUAGUUUUCCAUCGCGAAUAUUUUACACAUGGGUAACACCGUUGGUUCUCCGAGGUUAUAAAAAACCAUUGGAAGAAAGUGAUUGUUGGAAAUUACCAAUCUCUGAACGAGUUGUUACCGUUGUUCAUCAAGUUCAAAAUUGCAUCGAUCGAAUGAGGAAAACGUCGAGUAAGAUUUUAUACGCAAAACCAACUGAGAAUCUUGAUGAUGAUUUAACGCAACCAUUGCUAACCCAUAAGCAAAAAUUCGUGUUCUGGCAUGCUCUCUUUCGAGCAUUUAUUCAUAAGAUCAUGGCGGCUGGUUUGAUUAAAUUCGUUCAUGAUUUACUACAAUUAGCAGGUCCAUUGGUGUUAAAACUAUUUUUAGCGUUUUUCAAUGAUCCAACAAAACCAAAGUGGUUAGGAUUGUUUUAUGCAAUGUUGUUGAGUGUCAUGACCUUUUGUCAAGCCAUUUUCUUACGAACUUAUUUUCAUUAUCAAUUUCUCGUUGGACUUCGCUUUCGAUCAGCGAUAUCUGGACUUGUAUAUCGCAAAACUCUCAAACUAAGCAAUGCAUCGAAACAUGAAACAACUACCGGCGAAAUCAUUAAUCUAAUGGCUAUUGAUGCUUCACAUUUUGCUGACAUUACCACGCAAUUUCAUAUGUUAUGGUCAGGUCCGUUUCAAAUAACUGUGAUACUUAUCUUACUUUAUAAAGAAAUGCAGUUAGCGAUAGUACCUGGAGUGAUUUUAUUGUUUUUGAUGAUUCCAGUCAAUUUGUUUCUACAACGGAUUCUAAAACAACUGACGUCUAAACAAAUGAAAAUCAAAGAUGAACGAAUCAAAAUGGUCAAUGAAAUUCUGAACGGAAUUCGUGUUUUGAAAUUAUACGCAUGGGAAAUGGCAUUUAUUCGUACAAUUAAUCGUAUAAGGGAAUCAGAACUCGCAUAUAUCCGACAAAAGGCAAUUAUCGGUGCGAUUUCAAGUAUUCUGUGGAUAUUCACACCAAUUCUUGUUGGCAUAACGACCUUUGCUACCUAUGUUCUUCUAUCAGAUUUGAAUAUUUUGACUGCGGAGAAAGCAUUUGUAUCAUUGGCACUAUUUAAUUUACUUCGUGGUCCACUUAUUUCAUUUCCGAAUAUGAUUAAUAGCAUUAUUGAAGCACGAGUCUCAAGCGAACGAAUCGGAAAAUUUUUAACUCGUGAUGAAAUUGAUGAAGAUACUGUCGAACGCAUACCGAUUGAGAUGUCAAAUGAGAUUUCCGUUCAUAUACAAAAUGGAUGUUUCCGUUGGUUGAAUCAUCCGGAAGCUCCUUUGACUUUAAAAAAUAUAAAUUUGCAAAUUCGUCAAGGUUCACUUGUUGCUCUCGUUGGUUCAGUUGGAUCGGGUAAAAGUAGUAUGUUAUCCGCACUUCUCGGAGAAAUGAACAAGACGAAUGGUCGAGUGUCUAUGAGUGGCAAAAUUUCCUAUGUUCCUCAAACUGCUUGGAUUAUGAAUACAACAUUGAGAGAAAAUAUCAUCUUUGGAAAAGAUUUUGAUAAGAAAUUUUACAAUCAAGUGAUCGAAGCAUGUGCUUUGAGACAAGAUCUUGGUAUGCUUGCCGCAAAAGAUCAAACAGAAAUUGGCGAAAAGGGUAUUAAUUUAUCCGGUGGACAACGUCAACGUGUUUCUCUAGCUCGAGCGUUGUAUAGUAAUGCUGAUAUUUAUCUUCUUGAUGAUCCAUUAUCCGCUGUUGAUGCUCAUGUUGGAGCACAUAUUUUCAAAUAUGUGAUCGGAUCGAAAGGAUUGUUACAUGACAAAACGAGAAUUUUAGUGACACAUGGUGUAUCUCAUUUGCAUAAAUGCGAUCAGAUUGUAGUUAUUUCUCAAGGCGAAAUUGUUGACCAUGGUCAAUACGCUGAUCUCAUCGGACGAAGUCAAAUUUUACGAGAUUUUGUUCAGUCCGGAAAGAGAGAAGAAGAAGAAGAUGAUGAUGAUGAAAAUAUCGCAGCAGUAUCGAUUGAUAACGAUGACGAACAAAUUGAGGAAGAGAAGAAAAAACUGAUUGAAAAAGAAAAGAUCGAAACUGGUUCGGUCAAAUUUCGUAUUUUCUCAACUUAUAUUCGUUCAAGUCGGCUGUUACUGGUUAUAUUACUUCUAAUUUUCUUCUCGUUAACAAUAUUCUCCACUCUAUGUACAAAUAUUUGGCUUUCAAAGUGGACUGAUCAAUUAACACAUCCAAUUUAUUACAUGAGUAUUUAUUCAAUUCUGGGCAUAACUCAAGGUUUCUUUGCCUUUUUGAUGCAAUUAUUUUUAAAACUUUCUGCAUAUGUCUCCAGUCGAACACUUCAUUCCGCUCUUCUCAUUGGAAUUCUUCGCUCUCCGAUGUCAUUUUUUGAUACAACACCUGUUGGUCGAAUCCUCAACCGUUUUGCUAAAGAAAUUGAUUCGGUCGAUUCAACAUUACCGAAUUCUUUCUCUCAAGCAUUAGUCACUCUGAUUGGUGUCAUUGUCACAGUCUUGUUGCUCAUCUACGGAUCAUGGCUCGCUAUGAUUGAGCUAAUUCCACUUGCAUUUCUCUUCAUUUACAUCCAGCGCGUAUACAUUUCUUCAUCUCGACAACUCCGCCGUCUUGAUUCGGUUACACGUAGUUCAAUAUAUGCAAAUUUCGCUGAAACGAUUCAAGGUUUGACUUCCAUUCGAGCUUAUCACAUUCAACAACGUUCUAUCGAUCUGUUCGAUAAAUUCAUCGAUCGAAAUCAAUCGUGUAACUUUGCCAGUUCGGUUGCCAAUCGAUGGCUUGGCGUUCGUUUAGAAAUGAUUUCGAAUCUGAUUAUUUUAUUUACAGCAACGACAUCGGUGCUUGUGCGUGGUCAUUUAACAGCUGGAACGGUUGGUUUAGUGAUGACUUACGCGUUACAAAUUACGAAUUCGUUGAAUUUAUUUGUCCGUACAUGGAGUGAGAUUGAAACGAAUGUUGUUAGUGUCGAACGAAUCAAUGAAUAUGCAGAACUGAAAUCCGAAGCUGCAUGGGAGAUUUCAGACAAUAAACCGCCACCGCAUUGGCCAAUACGUGGAGAUAUUCAAAUAAAACAAUUAUCAACACGAUAUCGAGAACAGUUAGAACUUGUGCUGAAAGAUAUCAAUGUGAAUAUUGAACAUGGAGAGAAGAUUGGAAUUGUCGGUAGGACAGGAAGUGGAAAGAGUAGUUUAUGUUUAGCAUUAUUACGUAUUAUCGAACCAACUGCCGGAACAGUCAUAAUUGACAAUGUGGAUGUUCGUUCAAUUGGUUUACAUGACUUACGAUCGAAGGUUACGAUUAUUCCACAAGAUGCGAUUAUCUUCGCCGGCGAUAUUCGAUUCAAUAUUGAUCCACUUGGGCAUUAUAGUGAUAUGGAGAUAUGGUCAGUGUUAGAAUCGGUGCAUUUAAAAGAACGGAUAAUGAGUAGAGGUGAUGGAUUGACGUAUAUGUUGGUCGAGGGAGGUCANAUUAUUCCACAAGAUGCGAUCAUCUUCGCCGGCGAUAUUCGAUUCAAUAUUGAUCCACUUGGGCAUUAUAGUGAUAUGGAGAUAUGGUCAGUGUUAGAAUCGGUGCAUUUAAAAGAACGGAUAAUGAGUAGAGGUGAUGGAUUGACGUAUAUGUUGGUCGAGGGAGGUCAAAAUAUGAGCGCGGGUGAAAGACAAUUGUUGUGUUUAGCACGAGCGCUUUUGAGAAAGAGUAAAAUAUUUAUACUCGAUGAAGCAACUGCUGCGAUCGAUAUGGAAACCGAUCGUCUGAUUCAACGAACAAUUCGAUCAGCAUUGAAAAAUGCAACUGUUAUAACAAUUGCUCAUCGACUACAUACAAUUUUAGACAGCUCAAAAAUUCUCGUCUUAUCUGACGGUUCAAUGCAAGAAUAUGAUCAACCAAUUCGUUUAGCAACAGAUCCAAAUUCAAUAUUUGCCAAACUAUUGCGCGAUGCAAAUAUUCAUCCGCUCGACAUCACUUCUGUUCUCACGACUACUUAG